GGUGGUGAAAAAAUUAUCUUUAUGAAAAGACAAAAAAGUUUUUGAAAAAAGGAAAUUUUUUUCAAAAAAACAGACUGAGAGAGAGAGAGAGAGAGUGUGUUGUUGGCCAUGGGAUGCACGGCCUCCAAGCUCGACAGUGAGGAUGCUGUCCGUCGCUGCAAGGAGCGGCGCCGUCUUAUGAAGGACGCCGUCUACGCUCGUCACCAUCUCGCCGCCGCUCACUCUGACUACUGCCGCUCCCUUCGUCUCACUGGCUCUGCCCUCUCCUCCUUCGCCGCCGGCGAGCCCCUCUCCGUCUCCGAGAAUACUCCCGCUGUUUUUCUCCGCCCUUCCUCCAGUCAGGACGCGCCACGUGUCCCUUCUUCCCAUUCCCCAGAACCCCCUCCUCCGCCCAUCCGCAGCAAGCCUAAGCCUACUAGGCCUAGGAGGCUUCCACACAUUCUCUCCGACUCCUCUCCUUCUUCCUCUCCUGCCACCAGUUUCUAUCCCACUGCUCACCAGAACUCUACUUACUCUCGCUCUCCAUCUCAAGCUUCCUCUGUCUGGAACUGGGAGAAUUUCUACCCUCCCUCUCCCCCCGACUCCGAGUACUUCGAACGCAAAGCUCGCCAGAACCACAAGCACCGUCCUCCUUCCGACUACGACGCCGAAACUGAAAGAUCCGACCACGAUUACUGCCACUCACGGAGAGAUGCCGCCGAGGAAGUUCACUGCAGCGAGUGGGGCGACGACCACGACCGUUUCACUGCCACCUCUUCGUCCGACGGAGAUGGGGAGGUCGAAACUCACGUUUCCAGAUCCGGUAUUGAAGAAGAGCCUGUGAAACAACCACAUCAAGACCCAAAUGGCAAAGAGCACUCUGACCAUGUUACCACUUCUUCCGACUGCUACAAGACCAAAUUGGUGGUAAGGCACAAGAAUUUGAAGGAGAUCCUUGACGCCGUUCAAGACUACUUCGACAAGGCUGCCUCCGCUGGGGACCAGGUCUCCGCCAUGCUUGAGAUCGGCCGGGCUGAGCUCGACCGCAGCUUCAGCAAGCUGAGGAAGACGGUGUAUCAUUCAAGCAGUGUGUUCAGCAACUUGAGCGCAAGCUGGACCUCAAAACCCCCAUUGGCAGUCAAAUACAAGCUCGAUGCAUCUACCCUGAAUGAUGAACAAGGCGGCCUCAAGAGCCUCUGCUCCACUCUAGACCGACUCCUCGCUUGGGAAAAGAAGCUUUAUGAGGAUGUCAAGGCAAGAGAAGGAGUUAAGAUUGAGCACGAGAAGAAGCUGUCUGCGCUGCAGAGUCAGGAGUAUAAGGGAGGUGAUGAAUCCAAGCUAGACAAGACUAAAACUUCCAUAACCAGACUGCAAUCACUCAUCAUUGUUUCUUCAGAAGCUGUUUUAACCACGUCUAAUGCCAUUCUCCGCCUCCGGGACACUGACCUUGUCCCUCAGCUUGUUGAACUCUGCCACGGAUUAAUGUACAUGUGGAAGUCAAUGCACGAGUAUCACGAAAUCCAGAACAACAUCGUGCAACAAGUCCGUGGCCUGAUCAACCAAACAGAGAGAGGUGAGUCAACAUCAGAGGUACACCGGCAGGUGACGCGGGACCUAGAGUCAGCUGUGUCCUUGUGGCAUUCGAGCUUCUGUCGCAUCAUUAAAUUCCAGAGGGAGUUCAUAUGCUCUCUCCACGCAUGGUUCAAGCUGAGCCUGGUUCCCCUGAGCAACGGAGACCCAAAGAAACAGCGGCCAGACUCAUUUGCCUUGUGCGAGGAGUGGAAGCAGAGCCUGGAACGGGUGCCUGACACAGUGGCGUCAGAAGCCAUAAAGAGCUUUGUAAACGUGGUACAUGUGAUAUCAAUAAAGCAGGCGGAAGAGGUGAAGAUGAAGAAACGCACGGAGAGUGCAGGAAAGGAGCUGGAGAAGAAAGCAUCCUCACUGAGGAGCAUAGAGAGGAAGUACUACCAGGCAUACUCGACGGUUGGGAUAGGCCCUGGACCGGAGGUGUUGGACUCACGGGACCCGCUAUCUGAGAAGAAAUGUGAGCUGGCGGCAUGUCAGAGGCAGGUGGAGGAUGAGGUAAUGAGGCACGUGAAGGCUGUGGAGGUGACACGAGCUAUGACUCUCAACAAUCUACAAACCGGCCUGCCCAAUGUAUUCCAGGCCUUGACCAGCUUCUCAUCUCUCUUCACUGAAUCUCUCCAGACUGUCUGUUCUCGUUCCUACUCCAUCAACUGAUUAUGUCCAAGUUUCUCAUUUAUUUUUAAGCUCUCAUUACGUUGGUAUCAUGUAAAUUUGAGGAUUGAUUAAAUUGAGUCUUGUGGUUUUGUGA